AGCUCAGAAAAGAAUAUCCAGAGUUGCACGAGAAGUGAGCAGCAGGGAAGACCAAGCAAGGUGUCCACGGCUGGAAAUUAGGAAACCUGAGUUCAGGUUUGUCCCUGCCACUGACUGGGUGUACGAGAGACUCCUUUCCCCACUUUACCUUAGUUACCUCCUCUGUUACGUAAAUCACUUGGACUAGCUAGCGCUGAUCUCUUCAAGCUCUAAUAUUUUAUGAUUCUGAAGCUUUGGAAAGGUAGGCUAAGGCCAGAUGAUGAUAAGGCCUUGAAUGCCAAGCUGAAAAGUCCAGCUGAUCUCAGCCUCUAAGAUUCUAUGGUUCUCAGGAUCCCCGGCAUUAUGGCACUGGAGAAGGUAUGUGAGGAAGAGGUAGAGGACCCGACCUUGACUCGGCUCCUUGGGACCAGCACUGUUUUCAGGGGACUUGAACCCCGAAAAUUGUCAAUCAGGGGCCUUCUCUUGCCAAACAAGAUCAAAGAGCAUUUUCAACAUGGGCAGGAUGCCAUGUCCAAAGGGGAGUGGGAAAAGGCUGUUCUCUCCUUCUCCAAAGCCAUCAACCUUAAUCCCCAGCUGGUGGAAUCUUAUGUGCUUCGGGCAGAGGCCUACCUCCAGCUGUGCGACUUUGCCUCAGCAGCCCAGAACCUUCGAAAGGCUGCCUUGUUAGCCCCACACCGGUCGCAGUUUAUGGAGCGCCUCUGCUUUGUCCUUUACCUGCAGGGCCAGUGUCUCUUUGAACAACAAGCAUACAUGAAAGCCUUAGACCUGUUCACCCAGGCUUCGGAGCUGCAGCCUCAUAAGCCCUCCUACCGCUUCCGCAGCAUCGCUUGCCUGUUGGCCAUGAAACGACAUCAAGAAUGCCUCCAGAUGGUCACAAAAGAGUUGAAACAGAGUUCCAACCCUGAUGUCUACAUCCUCCGUGCUCGACUCUAUAACUACUUCCUAAAGCCAAAUCAGUGUUAUCAGGAUCUGCACCGGGCCCUCACCAUUAAUCCUGAGCACCCUGAGGCCAACACACUGCUGGAGAAAUUAUUGGUCCAGGCCAGGAAGGCCCGGGAGGAAGCAGUGGUCAUGGCCUUGAAGGGGAGCCUGGAGGAUUCUUUGAUCCGAAUCAACUGUGCCAUCGAGAACAGCCCAAUGGACCCUGGCUACUACUUAUUCAGGGGCACUCUGUUUCGGAGGCUUAGAGACUUUGAUGCAGCCAUUGAAGACUUUCUCAAGGCCCUGGAGUUAAGCCCGGAUGAUGAGGAUAACGAGAUCUCCAGGCAGGCCCAGCGCCAGCUGCUGCUCACCUACAAUGACUUUGCAGUCUUCUGCUAUACCAAGGGUGCCUAUGAAGAAGGCGUGUUGCUCCUCAACAAGGCCCUACGGGGUGAAAAAAGAGAGAAGGGCAUCUACAUCAAUAGAGGGGAUUGUUUCUUCAAGCUUGGAGAGCUGGCCUUUGCUGAGGCUGAUUACCUGGAGGCACUGGCCCUGUCCCCUGGGGACCAGGGUGCUCGGUACCGCAUGGGAAUGCUUCAGGAGAAGCUGGGGCUUCGCAAGCAUCAGCUGAGACAAUACCACAAGGCCGAAAAACACUUCUCUUCAGCCAUCGAGUACAACCCAGAGAGGGCAAACUUGUACCUCCUCCGUGCCAGGAGCCGCCUAAUGCUGCAGGAUAUCUUUGGGGCUCGGCAAGAUGUUGCUACUCUGCUGCUUCUCAACCCCAAACACCCCCAGCUGGUUCCUAUGAUGGCGAACCUCUUUCCUGGCCAGUCCACAAAGUCCGUGCUGAACAGCAAGACAAUGGUGAUGGUUAAAACCCUCCUGGAGAGGGCGAUGAAGAACCAGCUUCUCCAGUGCCCCCAGAAUAUCCUGGGACUCUUGAACAAGGGUGCUUCCACAGAGAAAGAUGUGAAUGAGAAGCCAGACACCAUACCCACUCCAGAGCAGGCCCCUUACUCUGGAGAGAGAGGGCUCCCCGACAACAUUCCUGUGGUUCCCACGUCAGGGAUCCAGGCAAGGGAAGGAAGUUGGAUGGCUUUGCUCCCUGGGACCUCACACCUUAUAGAUUUCAGACCCCUGGAGGGAAUCUACAAGGUCCCUUCCAACCCUGAGAUUCUGUGGUUCCUUAAGGAUCAGACUCUGAUCGAGGACAACACAGAGCAAGCAGCGAGUCAAGAGGAACAGCCUGGAAGCCCCUCAAUGGGCCAAGCUUCUCCUGGGCAGACACCCUCCUUGGAGGCCAAGACUGCUGCCACAUAGACCAAAGUGAAGGCAAAAGCACAAUGGCCUUUCCCUGAACCAGGAUGUUGACGGCCCUGGCUUCUCUUUCCCCAAUCCUAACAGGUGGGCACCGUCUAUGUCCACCCUUGCAUUUUUGGGGAUAAAAGGGUAGGUCUAUGAGAUAGACCUCUUGACACUGAAGGAAAUCCCUCAGCUCCUUUUCCACCUGCCCUGGGCCUUCAGCCUGUCUUCAUACACAUCAUUUCUUGCCCCUGGCCUCCUUUCUAAAUAGAGCCAGGAUUUCUCCA